AUGAAUUAGAAAUAUGCAGCUGAAGCUUAAGAGCUAAUGAAAAAGGGAGAUAAGAAACUUAAGGGUGGUAUUUUUUCUGGUAUAUUCUCAAGUAAAGGCGAAAGAGCUGAAUAAGCAUUAGAUUGCUACAAGGCAGCUGCAGCUAAGUUUAAAUUAUCAGAUAUGUGGGAUGAAGCCGCUGAAGCUUAUAUUAAAUGUGCCAAAUGCGAAGAAGCAAGUGACGGCACUAGUGUUGGUGAAUAUUAUCAAGAAGCUGCAAAUAUGAAAAAGCGUACUGAUAAGCAUGAAUGCAUAGUUUUAUUGAAGUAAGCAGUUGAAUUCUAUCAGCAUCAAGAUAGAUAGGGAACAGCAGGCAAAAUUCAAAAAUAAAUUGCUGAAAUUUAUGAGCAAGAAGGUGAAAUGGAAAAUGCAAUGGCUUCUUAUUAAGAAGCAUCAAAGAUUUUCUCAUUGGAAACCAAUUCAACUUCAGAUUUCUUAAACAUGAAGAUUAAAGUUGCAGAUUUUUAGAGUGAAGAACCUACCACUUAUAACUAAGCUAUUAUAGCUUAUGAAGAAAUAGGUAAGAAGUAUAGUGAAAAUAAAUUAACUCAAGGUAUUGCUGGCAAUAUAUUUUUCAAAAGUUUGCUUCUUUCUUUGGCAACUGGAGAUUAUAUUGGAGCUUAGAAUCACAUUGAAGAUUAUAUGAAUGUUUGUCCACCUUUUACUAACACUAGAUAAGCUAAGUUAAUCAAUAAAUUAAUUGAAUGCUUUGAGACAAAUAACAUUGAAGAAUUCUCUUAAUAAUGCUUUGAAUAUAAUUAAAUCAUUCCUUUAGAUAGAUGGUAAUUAAGAGUACUUAAUUAAGCUAAGGAACACUUAAAUAAAGGAGUUAAUCCUUUAGGCCUUGGCAAUGAUAAUCAAGAAAAUAACUUGGAUGCUGGUCUUUGA